AUGAUGAACUUCUACUUCAAUGGACAACGCGUCGACAUCCCUCAAUUGAUGGCCGCCGCUACUACGAACAACAACAAUCAGACCCGCAACACCUUCACAUUCGGCUCUGAUACCAGAAACACAACUAAAUGGAGCAAGAAAUACUACUGCUCCUACGGCCAUGGCCAAAACAACUCCCACAACAGUCAACAGUGCAACAGGCGCAAGAAGCUGGCAGACAAUGUCUAUCGUCCCACCUAUCCAACCCAGACCAUGCUCCGUCAAGAAGUCUCAAGACCCGCUCACGAAGACUUCGUUGCUGUCAAGGCUGAAGCAAUAAAAAAGGAAGACGUUGACGACGAGAACCGUGGCGAAGAUGUCUUGGCUCAUUACAGCCAUGCAGAGCUGAGAAAGAUGUUCGGCAAUGUUUUGGUUCGCUCGAGUUAUACAGAGCUGAUGGAAAUGUUCCAAGAGGUCAAGAAGGAGAUGGAACGCCGUGGUAUCAGAUGA